GGUGUCUGUAUGAUUUGCGGAGGCUGCUGCUUGGGACCUCGGCCAACGUGAGCGGCAGGAGGAUCGCGGAUUGUCUCUUUAUCUGACUGGGGCAGGAAGGGGCGGUCGGAGUCGCAGUCGGCGGUGGAGAGGCCCCGGAGCGGUGGACGGGUGGCGGACCCCAGCGGCUCUCGGGCGCUUCCAGCAUCCCGGGCCGGGCGCGGAGAGGGCAGCGUGAAGGCCGCUCUGCAGACGGCGUUCAGCAGGGUGGGGGCCCCACCACCCGCCGCGGAGCCGGGCGUGGGGAAAGAGUCCGAGAGUUCCUGGUGACACCCCGAAGUGUAAAAGAUGACAACAGCAGCUAGGCCAACUUUUGAACCUGCGCGAGGUGGGAGAGGAAAAGGAGAAGGUGAUUUGAGCCAACUCUCAAAGCAGUAUUCAAGCCGAGACCUACCUUCUCAUACAAAGAUAAAAUACAGACAGACCACUCAGGAUGCCCCUGAGGAGGUUAGGAACCGUGACUUUAGGAGAGAGUUGGAAGAGAGAGAGAGAGCUGCUGCAAGAGAAAAAAAUAGAGAUCGCCCAAACCGAGAACAUACAACCUCCUCUUCAGUAUCAAAGAAGCCUCGGUUAGACCAGAUUCCCGCUGCCAACCUCGAUGCGGACGAUCCUCUAACAGAUGAGGAAGAUGAAGAUGAAGAUUUUGAAGAGGAGAGUGAUGAUGAUGAUACUGCAGCUCUUCUUGCAGAACUGGAAAAAAUUAAAAAAGAAAGAGCCGAAGAGCAGGCCAGAAAGGAACAAGAACAAAAAGCUGAAGAAGAGAGGAUUCGUAUGGAAAACAUUCUGAGUGGAAACCCUCUCCUUAACCUCACUGGCCCAUCCCAGCCUCAGGCCAACUUCAAAGUUAAAAGAAGGUGGGAUGAUGAUGUUGUUUUCAAGAACUGCGCAAAAGGUGUAGAUGAUCAGAAGAAAGACAAAAGAUUUGUAAAUGAUACGCUGCGAUCUGAAUUUCACAAAAAGUUCAUGGAGAAAUAUAUUAAAUAGUACAGUUUUAUGUGCUUAAUGAAAGACUGUAAAAUGUAAACGAUCAUUCUGACUUUAUUUCAGUUAGUUUUUUUUUUCUCUUUCCCCUUACCUUAAUUGUGUAUAGGCUUCCCUAAUUUUAAGUUCCAAAAUAUCUUUUCCUUUAUUGAUACCUUAUUUGAUAAGGACUUGGGAAUUGGUAUAACCCAGCUUCCAUUCUCUGAAUGUUUCCAGUAAUAUGUUUUCUUUUCAAUAUGGGAAAGGGAAUCUGCUUGUAAUAAAUAUUUUUAAUAAUCUAAAUAACGUAUCUAUGUCCCCAACUUUCUUGUUGAAAUGUAUGCAGCUUAUAAAACAUGGCAUAUUUUCUUUUGUAUAUUGUAUUUCUUUGUGCACUAAUUUUUUCCCCUCAUUUCUCUACAUUCAUCUAAGUUCAGUUAAUUCAUGAUAUCUAAUCUGUGUUUUUUAAGAGUGUGAGGAAAGAUUAAAGGGAUUCUGUUUUGGACCACAUGUUGGUAUGGAGGAGUGUCAUCAAUCAGGAAGCACCUAAGAGUGUCAGAGGAGCGUGGGGUAGCUCUCCCUUCUGCAGGCACUGCUUCCCUUCUCUUGGCGCAAGACAAGGGCUCCUUCAGCAUGUCUAGAAGCAUGAGGCACUCACUGUGUUCUGGAUAUUCAGCUGCCAUCUGUCUGUUGAAUGAAAUAGUUUGAACACUGACACACAUUAGUUGCAAAGCCUAGGAAAGUUUAGCAUCAAACAGCACAUGAAAUAAAACCUUUGCAAAUAGGA